AUGGAGAUCAUCAUCUUCUACCUGGUCCCCAAGGUUCUGAAGAAAGCCUUCGACACGACGAUGGUAAGGGAGGUGGAUAUGAAAAAAUACGAGCUAUGGAAUCUCCCAAAUGAGAAAAAACAACAACUGAAUCUGCCACCAGGGUUCGGGUUUCACCCGACGAACAUGGAGAUCAUCAUCUUCUACUUGGUCCCCAAGGUUCUGAAGAAAGCCUUCGACACGACGAUGGUAAGGGAGGAGGAUAUGAAAAAGUACGAGCUAUGGAAUCUCCCAAAUGAGGUAAACAUGGGGGAGAAGGAUCGAUACUUCUUCUCCUAG